UCUUCUCCCACAAAGAGGCAGUUCGCUCUCUCUUUCAGUCUUUUAUUUAUUUAUUUAUUUGCGCUCCCUCUCUCUCUCUCUCUCUCUCUGUGUGUUUUUGUUUUGUCCUUCGCUGCCGCAGCUGCGGUGUCAAACACAACAUCACGGAGGGAGCAGAAGCCAUAAGAUGAAGAAACGCUAUGUGGACGCGAACAGGCUACGGAAAAUGAAAAAACUGAAAAUAACGGAGAAGCUGUCUGAGAGUGCAUACACCUUUCUGAAGUUUAUGAUGAUGUGGACACUGGUGCUGCUGGCAGAUUUCAUCCUUGAAUUCAGACUGGAGUACCUAUGGCCAUGCUGGCUCUUCUUUGGCAGUGUAUACACCACUUUCCACUGCCACGGAUUGGUUAUUUGUGUUGUUUUUGUUUGUGCUGCCUUCACUCUUGACAUCUUUUGUUUGAUUUUUGUUCCUUUGCACUGGCUAUUCUUUGUGGCAAGCACCUAUGUAUUAUUCAAUUACAUAUGGCACACAGAGAAGGGCAUCUGUAUAUCGACGGUGUCCCUGUGGAUUCUGCUUGUGUACACAGAGGCUUCACUCCGACUGAAAGACCUUAAAACCUCUCACGCCAACCUGUCUCAUCUUUUUGCUGCGCACUGUAUUGGAUAUCCUGUUGUAUAUUUGGGGUUUGAUGCCACCUGCUACUUCACCAACAUCUUUAAGCUGCGCAUACAGAAAGCUGUGCAGAGUGAGAAUGACUUCCACAUGCACCUGCUGCAGCACUCGCUCCCUCCAGGCCUGCAGGUUUUCCCCAAGACUGGCACAGAUGGCAGCAGCAACUCAAAAUGGAAGAUUAAGCCCGAAUCGAGUCAAUAUCAGUGUCAGAAUGGAGCUGUAGUGGCCCAUGACGAGGUACACACUGUGGAUUGCCUCCAGAUCCGGAGCGAGGAGAAAGCAACAGAAAAGGGAACGCAGGAGGUGAAGUCAACUGAAUCAAACCGGCGUCCAUCAUCAUCCAAACACAGUGUCAGUGAGUCCAGAGAGCUGCUCCACAGUUGGACAGGGGCACCAGAAUCCUCUGCAACCCCAGAUAAUCUACCUCAAGAGGAGCAGGGAAGCAAAACCACUCGGGCAGCUAAGAGCUCCUCUCCAAAAGCUCGUAGAGGCAGUACAAACACUCCUUCACCCCCUGCAGCGAGGACUGAGAAAAAACAGAGAUCCAGCUCAAAGACAGUCAGCCCCAACCGGGAUGUGACAGACAAGAGUAGCACAGCAGCUCAGAAUCACCACGCUGAACAGAUCAGCAAGCUGGAACAGGAGCUGAGGAGGCUGAAGGCUGAGAUGCAGGCAAGCAGGCAGAGUGAGCAGGAGCUGCGAAGUCACGUCUGCAACUUGACCAACAGCGAGAGGAGCCUGAGACCAGAGGUCUCCCUGCUUAGACAGUCCAACAUGCUGCUCCAAAGCAAGAUUCUGUGUUUGACUAAAACCAAGCAGCGGGACAAACAGACCAGUGUGGUGCUGGAGAAGAAAACCAGAGCAGAGACAGAGGCCAGACUCUCUGCUGAGAAACAGUUGGCUGAACUUCAAGCUCAGAAACUGGAGGAGGCAGCCAGCACAGCGCGGAGUCUAACAAACAGGCAGGAACACUCUGAAACCCAAAUGUUAAGGAAAAGAGUUAAAGAUCUAGAGACAGAGUACAAACAACUACAGCUGGAGUUUCAAGUGAAAGAGAGUCGGGUGAUAGAUCUAGAGAGUGAUGUUGAGGCUCUGGGAAAGUACCGCUGUGUGGAGAAAGAGACAGACAUGCUACUGUCCACUCUGUCAGCCAUGCAGGAGAAAGCUCAGCACCUGGAGUACAACCUGAGCGCUGAGACUCGCAUCAAACUGGACCUGUUCUCCGCUCUGGGAGACGCCCGCAGACAGCUGGAAAUCGCUCAAGAUAAAGUGAUGAGGCAGGACCGGGAGAUAAGUGAGAUGAAGCAGAAAAUUGCGGAGGUGAUGGCCGUCAGCCCCGGCGUUUCCUACAUGGCUCCUCGGCCCCCGGUGCCGCAGUAUCUCACUAAACUACUCAACUCUGAGCGCUACAUGCUGAAUCCAAGAGCGCUUAUGUACCAGUGUCUGAAGAAAUAAAGGAUCCUCAGACCUCCUUGUCAGACCAGACCCAUCUAUCCUAAAACGUGAGUGAGAGGGGUUUAAUGUAUUUUUAUUACAGAGCUAAAUGACACCACAAAGUCGUCUGCUUCCAGCCAUGAGUGGAACCAGAACAAGCCUCCACAAGUCGAAUGCCUUUAGCUGCACUGAUGGUGCUAACUUGACAUCAUUCUGUAGUUUCCUCCCACAUCAACAGUUGAAGAGUUUCACUCUCAAAUAAGAUAUCCAAUAUGCAGAGCUGCUGUAGGCACGAGUUUUACAUAGAUCCACCCGCCCCAGCAGCAUAAACCACCUAAUUGGGAUUGGAUGCAAAAGAGAAAAGCACAACAUCUCUACUGUUUCAGACUCUGGAGGUUUGUCUAAAUGAGAAUCCGGUGCUGGGUUUGGACAUUUUUACUGAAGAGACUAAAGAACAAAUCAAGUGUUUCCUAAACAGCUGUAAAUGUUUUGUCCGAACAAAGCUGGACCAAGUCGAUCUGCCUCUCUCCUCUAGGAUCCAAAAUGAUCCCAUAUCAGUAAGUAUGAAUUCAUUGUUUUCUCAUGUCACAUGAUUUCUGAUUAUUUAAGUUUUACAGAAAGAUAAAUCUCAAUACCCUGCAGCUGAAGACAACUCUAUAUAAUGUAGUUCCUGGCAUGACAGUAAAAAUAACUAUUCAGUUUUAUUUUAGUCUUAUUCUUAUACAAAGUUGUAAGAUUUCAGGAAAUAUAAACACCUUUGUUUUAAUUAUUUUUACAGAAUUUUCUUGAUCUGCAGUGAUACUGAGAAUAUUUUUAAAAAUAACAUGGUCGAAUUUCAGUUCAUCCAAUUGAGUCAAAUGAUUUUUAGUGUUAAUCAGAACAAAAUUAUCUAAUUGACCUUUCUACCUGUCAUAAUAGGAAGAGCACAGGCAUUACUAAUAACAUCAACAACGGCGUCAGCAAGAAAAAUAUCAGGGCCCUGAAAUUAAAGCAGCUAAACAGAAAUUAUCCAUCAUUCAUUUUAUUUACACCUCUGCUUUUCCUACUGCGACAUGUCAAAAUUUCUUCUGCGGAAAAAAGACCAUAUCUCACUACAUGUCAUACUCUAGUAUGAUUAUAGUGAGAUGAUAAAUGAUACUAUUGAAUUAUCUCCUAGUCCUAGUUGGAUCUGUUUAUGGACUUAUUCUGAUGAAAUACAAAUAUUCUACAUACAAAUCUCUUAAAGCAUAAAUCCAAUUAUUAACAGACAUUAGCAUAUUCUAAUUGUUUUCUUAACUAUAAAACAGGAUGUUAUUGUUGAGGUCUGUAAAUAGAGGAUUAUUUGAAUUGUACUGAAAUUCAGACAAAAGUCAUUGGUUUAUUGAAUCAACACUUUAAAAUACAAAUAACAUAUUGUCUGAGAAUUAGACCCUUCAGAGUUGGAAUAUUUCUAUUUAAAAGGUGCCGUCUUUGUAUGAAGUUUCUACACUGCUAUCAGGGAGUUUAAUGAGAACAGCUGAGUGAUGUUUAAUUGUCGGAGCGACCUGAUAACAGGAGAUACAGUAAAAGGAGCUCACUGUGAGCUGCGAUUAUCGGUUUGUUUCCACUGACAGCUAAUAAUAACUACAUUUUAACGUUUGGCAGCUCUCUGCUCCACAAUGACAAACUUAGAGAAAAGAGAGACAGUGUGAAAAAGUGAACUGGUUGCCCCUUUUGUUAGUCGGUCACAAUUCAACUUUUGUCCAUGAGUUAAAGUGGAGUUGUGAAUAACAAGGAAUGGUGUUGACCAAACACAGUUCAUGAAUUUAAUUACUGUGCCUAUAUACAUUACUUUCAAAUUGGGAAGUAAAACACAAUUUUAAUGUGAAAGAGUAAUGUGUUUGAAUUGAAGUGCUAUGUACUGUUUUUGUAG